ACUCCCCCAUUCAUAGCCUCUCCCAUCUCUUUCUUCAUUCCAUUCUCAUUCUGUAACCAUGCAACUCCAACUUUUCUUCCCAUUUCCAUCACCACCACCACUACCCCAAACUCCCACCCUUAUUAUUACAUCAACUCUGUUCUCUUCUUUCUUCUUCUUCUUCUUGGUGGUGCUGGUGCUGGUGCUGUUCUCUAGUCAUCAAAGGCGACAACCCAAGGGUAAAAUUCUGCCACCUGGUUCGAUGGGUUGGCCUUAUAUUGGAGAGACUCUCAAGUUUUACACCCAGAAUCCAGAUUCCUUCUUUGCCAACCGACGAAGAAGGUAUGGGGAUACAUUCAAAACUCACAUAUUGGGGUGUCCCUGUGUGAUGAUUUCAAGCCCUGAGGCAGCAAGGAUAGUUCUAGUGACAAAGGCUCAUCUUUUCAAACCAACAUAUCCACCAAGCAAAGAGAAGAUGAUAGGGCCUGAGGCUCUAUUCUUUCACCAAGGUGCCUAUCAUUCAAGGCUGAAGAAAUUGGUACUGGCAGCCUUUUUACCUUCUGUAAUUAGAGGUUCAGUUUCAGAGAUUGAACAAAUUGUUUUGAAAUUUCUACCAACUUGGGAGAAUACCACAAUUAACACUUUACAAGAAAUGAAGAGAUACGCUUUUGAUGUAGCAAUGAUUUCUGCCUUCGGCCAUAAACGAGAUUCAGAAAUGAAAGGGAUCAAGCAACUGUAUCAAUGCCUGGAAAAGGGUUACAAUUCUAUGCCACUAGAUCUUCCAGGAACUCCUUUCCACAAAGCAAUGAAGGCUAGGAAGCAGUUGAAUGAGACCCUGAGAAGAUUGAUACAAGAGAGAAGAGGAAAUGAGAAAGCAGGAGGAGGAGGGUUGCUGGGAAAUUUGUUGGGGGCCAAAAACCACAAGGUUGAUCAACUCAGUGAUUCCCAGAUUGCUGAUAAUGUAAUUGGAGUCAUCUUUGCUGCUCAUGACACCACUGCAAGUGUCUUAACAUGGGUUUUAAAGUACUUGCAUGACAAUCGAGAUUUACUAGAAGCUGUCACCAGGGAACAAGAUGGUAUUCAACGUAAAAUAAUUGAAGAAAACCGCAGGCUUACGUGGGAUGAUACAAGGCACAUGCCAUUGACUACCAGGGUGAUUCAAGAGACACUAAGAAGAUCAAGUAUUCUAUCAUUCACGUUUAGAGAAGCAGUGGAAGAUGUUGAGUUUGAAGGGUAUUAUAUCCCAAAAGGUUGGAAAGUUCUUCCCCUCUUCAGAACCAUUCACCAUUGCGCUGAUUUCUUUCCUCAACCCGAAAAAUUCGACCCUUCAAGAUUCGAGGUGCCACUGAGACCCAACACGUUUAUUCCUUUUGGCAAUGGAGUUCACUCUUGUCCAGGCAGUGAACUGGCUAAGCUUGAGAUGCUUGUUCUUCUUCACCACCUCACCACUAGUUACAGGUGGCAAGUUGUGGGAGAUGAAGAUGGAAUCCAAUAUGGUCCCUUUCCAGUGCCCAAACGGGGCUUACCUGUAAAGGUCACCCCCCUGCAAAAAUAAACACUAGGAUUUUAGGAUUUGUACUCUAUCAAGAUUGAAAAGUCCUUCAAUGGGAGCCAACACAGUUGCGAGUUAGCCCCCCUUGAACCUUUUUUGUUGUUAUUGUUGUUGUAAAAUUUGUCUUUGUAAAAUCUUUCGUAAUUGCUUAAAAAGAUUUAUUUAGA